AUGACUAUUAGGGACAGUAAACAUGAUAACUGGACUCAAGUUACUGAUAAUACGUUCAACGUGAGUGAUGCAUUAUUGUUUGAUUCCAUCAGUAUCAUUGUGAAAGUACCAGGUCUAAAGUUGGAAGUAAAAGACGUUACUCUGGGUGAUGCUGGAUAUUUCAAUGGUGGAGUAGACGAAAACGCAGCAACGUCAGGUGGUGGGGUCGUUCUUAUUGUGUACGACAAACCAAAAAAGCCGGAAAUAAAAGGAAAUCGAAGCGUACCAAUAAACACAUCAUCUGAACUGACGUGUUCCAGUCAAUCAACCGCAGCCCCUGACUACUACUCCAAGCUCGCCACCUUGUCAUACACCUGGUUUGUCAAUGAAAAAAAGAUGGAUGGAGAAACUAAUCAAACCCUGAGAUUAAAGGUCACCAGAGGUCACAAGUACAACAAUUACUCCUGUAAAGCGACGGAAGAUGGACUGGAGUCUGACUGGAGUGAUACAGUCCAGAUCGAGCCUCUGUAUGGACCAGAUAAAAUAACAAUCACUCCACAUCCAAAUACUAGUAUGCAGGAUAACGGAAUGGUCACUGUAAGAGAAGGCGAAACAUUCGGUCCAUACCACUGUCUCGUCGAUUGCAGCCCGCCUUGUAAUGUAACCUGGACAUACAUGAACUCUACUGGUCAUCUUGAUGUCAUUUCUCCAAACAGAAGUUUGUCAUUCGAGCAGAUAAACAAAGACAUUAAAUUGUUCCAGUGUGUAGCAACAUGGGGAACUGAAACAAAGAAAGAGAAGAAUAUAACACUGAAUGUCCAAUAUUUGGGAGAACCAUUGAUCUUAAUAAACAACAAUCAUAGUUCCGACACUAAUAUGGAUUUACAAGAAAACAUACCUUUUAAUGUUUCAUGCCUCGUGGACGGAAACCCCAUUCCUAACGUGCGUCUGACAAAGGGGUCUGAGAAUAUCUCAACAAACAGCGCUAGCAAAAAUACAAAGUGGGCGAACCACACAUUUGUUUCAGCGGGAUGCGCAGAUGCAGGAAACUACACGUGUGUAGGAAGUUCUGAAGGAUUCAACAUUAGUGAAAAGACAUUCAGAAUAAACAUCCUAUAUGGACCAGAUAAAAUAACAAUCACUCCACAUCCAAAUACUAGUAUGCAGGAUAACGGAAUGGUCACUGUAAGAGAAGGCGAAACAUUCGGUCCAUACCAAUGUCUCGUCGAUUGCCACCCGCCCUGUAAUGUAACCUGGACAUACAUGAACUCUACUGGUCAUCUUCAUGUCAUUUCUCCAAACAGAAGUUUGUCAUUCGAGCAGAUAAACAAAGACAUUAAAUUGUUCCAGUGUGUAGCAACAUGGGGAACUGAAACAAAGAAAGAGAAGAACAUAACACUGAAUGUCCAAUAUUUGGGAGAACCAUUGAUCUUAAUAAACAACAAUCAUAGUUCCGACACUAAUAUGGAUUUACAAGAAAACAUACCUUUUAAUGUUUCAUGCCUCGUGGACGGAAACCCCAUUCCUAACGUGCGUCUGACAAAGGGGUCUGAGAAUAUCUCAACAAACAGCGCUAGCAAAAAUACAAAGUGGGCGAACCACACAUUUGUUUCAGCAGGAUGCGCAGAUGCAGGAAACUACACGUGUGUAGGAAGUUCUGAAGGAUUCAACAUUAGUGAAAAGACAUUCAGAAUAAACAUCCUAUAUGGACCAGAUAAAAUAACAAUCACUCCACAUCCAAAUACUAGUAUGCAGGAUAACGGAAUGGUCACUGUAAGAGAAGGCGAAACAUUCGGUCCAUACCAAUGUCUCGUCGAUUGCCACCCGCCCUGUAAUGUAACCUGGACAAACAUGAACUCUACUGGUCAUCUUCAUGUCAUUUCUACAAACAGAAGUUUGUCAUCCGAGCAGAUAAACAAAGACAUUAAAUUGUUCCAGUGUGUAGCAACAUGGGGAACUGAAACAAAGAAAGAGAAGAACAUAACACUCAAUGUCCAAUAUUUGGGAGAACCAUUGAUCUUAAUAAACAACAAUCAUAGUUCCGACACUAAUAUGGAUUUACAAGAAAACAUACCUUUUAAUGUUUCAUGCCUCGUGGACGGAAACCCCAUUCCUAACGUGCGUCUGACAAAGGGGUCUGAGAAUAUCUCAACAAACAGCGCUAGCAAAAAUACAAAGUGGGCGAACCACACAUUUGUUUCAGCAGGAUGCGCAGAUGCAGGAAACUACACGUGUGUAGGAAGUUCUGAAGGAUUCAACAUUAGUGAAAAGACAUUCAGAAUAAACAUCCUAUGUAACGUACGAAUUGAUGAUUCGAUUUUUUAUCACAAAAAAUAUGGUUCCCCGAGCGGAAUGAAUGUAAGAGUAGCAUCGGUUAUCCCAGUUAUUGCCAACCCCUUUCCCCAAUUGCCUGCUAUCAAGUGGGUGGGUCCAGAAACAGAACAAAUCCAAUUCAAUGUGUUCGGACGAGGAGUUGCUUACAAGCACUGGAUCAACACUUCUUUUCCAGUAUACAACCACAGUUAUUUCGGAAACUAUACCAUGAUCUACGGAGAUGAAACACUUCUUACCAUUACAAUAAGUGAACGAGACAGACCUCGAACACCACAAAACUUUACCUGGCAUUCCUACGCGGGUGGUCACAUAAACUUGACGUGGGUGUCGGGAUUCAAUGGAGGUCUUGAACAGUAUUUUGUUGUAUCCCUCGAAAAAGACAAAUGGGAAACCGUGGCUAACGUUUCUGAUCCUGGUGAAGGCAGUGUCGUGUAUUUCAACCCCGGAUUUUUGGCCCCGGGUCAAAAAUAUCGAUACCGCUUGGAGAGCUGUAACACAAUCAAUUGUUCCAUAGUAUCUCCUGAAGUUACAAUAAAUGUUGAAGUUGAAGAUAUAACUACUGUAUCACAUUUGGAGACAAACAGAGUGGAACACCUGUACGUUAUAAUUGGAGCCUCGGUCGCCGUCGUCGGCCUCAUUGUUAUCCUUGUGGUAGCUCUGGUGAUCAGUUUUCGAAGAAGAAAAAACAAAGAGAAAGAUGAAGGCGAUAAUAAUACAACAUCCGGUGGAGAAAUGUACGCCACAGUUGAUAAAAGUCGUCAGAAACCAAAAGCUGAUGUAGUGAAGGAUGACGUCACGAAGAAACAAAAUGAUACAACAUCCGGUGGAGAAAUGUACGCCACAGUUGAUAAAAGUCGUCAGAAACCAAAAGCUGAAGUAGUGAAGGAUGACGUCACGAAGAAACAAAAUGAAGAAGCGCCCGGCACAGAAAUGUAUGCAGUUGUUGACAAGAACUUGAAGAGAAACAAAAGGGGUGAUGUUGGAGAGAUGUCCAACAAAGCAGGUCAAUCGAAACUAUUGACCAAAGAGACCGCCGGAGAGAAGAGGAAACAGAGAAAUAACGCGGCAAAUCAGUCAGUAGAGGAGAGAAACUUGUCAACUGAAGAUGCUGCUCGGGCUUGCAAAACGAAUAACGAAGGGUUGGUUUACAUUGAGGUGGAUUUUACUAACCAAUCAAAACGUUCCAAAACGAAUCAAGCCCCCGUUAUCCACGGAGAGGACAAUAGAACCGAGUACACCUUCGUGGAUUUCUCCAAAAAAGCGCCACCUAUCACUGACGCAGACGACAAAGAGGAAAAUCAGGAGGAAAGUUAAAUGCUCCGACAUCUUUACAUUAAAGAAAUAUUUGACCGAAACAUGCAAUACUGUAAGUUCCUAAUUUAAUGCGAGGAAUUAGUAUCCGCGUAAAAUCGAGAGAAGUGCCCUUCGCGGAUUUUAAAAUCUCGCCAUUUCUGAGUGUUCAGUACUAUAAGAAAUAAGGAGAAAAGUUCCACGUUUGCGAUUUUAUACUCUUGCGAUUUGAUACAAACCAGCGGGAUCGCGGAAUGAAGUACUCGCAUAAUAUAAAGAAUUUACAGUAUACGAAAUCCCUAAAGUAACAUGUUUUUCGAAGUUUUUUGUUUCAUUUUUUUAUGUUUCUUGAUUAAUUAUUUUCGCAACUUAUUUUUAAUUAUUCAAUUCAUUUUUUUUUAAUUUAACAUGAAUUUUUUUUCUAGAUUUGUUUAAUUUUGAUUAUGCCUUUUGUAUGAUAGUGUUAUAUAUGUUAGAUUUUAACUUUUACAUUGCAUUAUAUACAUUUAUAUGCAAACAUUAUAAAAGGAAUUUUUACCUACCAUUGAAUCAAAUUACAAAAUCAAAAAUAAAAUAAAAAAAACUAAAGAAGUGUAACACGUGAUACCGUGAAUUUAUACUUGUCACUGGUAUCAAUUUUUAGUUUGAGAAUUUUGACAAACAUUUUCAAGUUGUAUCUGUAAUUUACUAAUUAUAUAAGUAAAUACCUACUCUAAGGUUACCGUAGCUUACAUAACAAAUUGUUUACAUUGUUCUGAAAUUUUGUCGGCUCCAAGUCGAACCCUGUAUUAUCAAAAAUAGGAAUGCUGGUGUUCAUGUUUGUAUUUAUUUACUGUUUUAAAAAGUGUUUUCAUAAGAAACAUUUACUGCAUGCACACUGUAUUUUUAUAACCUUUUUGUCAAUAACACCAUUUUAGUCAAAAUGAAAAAUACAUUUUACGUGGACUAGUUUAAGGAAUAAGAAAUCGUUCUUU